CGAUUGCAUGCUAAAGAUUCGACGUAUGUUUCGGCCAUGCCUGUUUAUAGGACGUUACCAACCGCGAUUCAUCUCAUAGACAAACGGCAAAAAUACCUCAACAUAAUGAUGUUGUCUGUAAGCAAUUUUCGGUAUCAUUCCAACCCUUGAUCUGUUGCAAAAAGAUGCACCGAUAAUUUCCCGCCCUUUCCAGCAUGGCUAGGGAGCCGAUAUGGCCUAGACGAUCAGAGUGUACGGAAGCUUGCUAUCCAUUCGAAAGAUUCGGUGUUAUGUCCUACAAUCCUUUCCACCAUGCCAAACAGCGCGACUCCAUAACCCGGGAACCACUGGCGUUGGAGCCCAUUUUGGUAGCUGGGGCCGCCAUGGAUAUGCUCCACCAUGGAGAUUUCCAGCUUUCGAUGUUGGAGUCCAGUGUCGCUUACAUCCUCCGCAUGAUAAAUGAAAUCCGUGAAUCGACCACCAUACCGUACCAUCAAACGGCUCUGGAAAAACAGUUAACCUUUCACGCUCUUGGCUGCAUUACUGCUGUGUCUUGGUCUACGGGUGAUUUAGUAUUAUGGCACAAACAUAUGAAGCUUCUUCGACAACAUCUUGAGAAAUCAGGGUUUUUGCUUACGGCAGAUCCGCAUGAUAUGAUGAAAGUGAGAAUGGCCGAUAUCGAAGGUGCUGUCAUCGCUGGAGUAGCACCAAGCCUUCCUUACAGCCGCCAAUACCCACUCUUACCUUGCGUUCUGCCUGUUCAGGACGUUUUGCUCAUUUUGACUAAGUUACGCCCGCCAUUGCAGGCGUGCAACGUGGACAGCGAUACAGUUGAUUCAAUCCUCGCUGUCUGCAUCUUCAUUUCGACAAUGCAAAUGUCGCAAGAGUAUGGACUUGAGGAAAAGUUCGACCCUGAAAAUCUGAUGGAGGAUUAUGAUUUUUUGCAACGCGACUUGCUCACGUUACCGCAGCCUCUCGGGACUAACAUGAAGGAUACAGCAAGCACUACAUGGCCAUCUUAUGACGGUGGACUGUCUGCCGCUAUGAAACCGUCCUUGGCUUUUGAAGAGGCUAUUCGUGUUACAACUCUGAUGUGUCUUCGCGCCGCCAACAUACAAGCGCCUUGGAGCAAAGCGACUUAUUCCAAAUUACUCGAUAUAUUAGUCGAUCGUCUACGGGUUAUUCUCGACUGGAUGUAUGAAAGUAAGGAGGACUGCGCAUUCAUUGAUCCCAGUCUUCUGCACCAUCGCGAGGAGGGUUUCCCUGUUAACAAUGCCCGACGUUUCCUCAUUUGGAUUUGUAUGAUAGGCUAUGAGUUAUCGGUUUACUAUACCGUAUAUCAUGAGGGUUGGAGCGAUCAUCGUCGCAAGAGUUGUUUAUACCUUCAAAUGCUUGGUGCUCUUGGCAUACAUGAUGAAGCCGAUAUCGACAAUAGCGACAACGAAGAGCUUUCUAUUUUCGAUACUAUUAACUUGAACUGGGCCACCAACAACAAGUGGCAGGCAAGGGAUAUGUUGAAAUGGAUGAUCAAAUAGCUGGGCAGAUCUAUCGUUGUGGGUUAAAUAAAGAAAUUCGGCAUGCUCUGCCAGAA